AUGAAGAGGUCUUCAACGGAGGACCAAAUAUAUCGAACAAUCAAAGAUUCAAUCAAGGUCAUGAAGGAUACUUGGUCAAAGGAUCUCACUGAUAUUCAUUCAUUGAUACGGGAGUUGGUUGGAAACCUUACUACGAGUAAAUCGGGAACUGUGGAAUUUCAACAAUUUUGUGGGGAAAAUUCAGAGCUAUGGAUUUAUCCGGUUGAACGCUACUUUAGGUUUUAUGAGAUUAUAGAAAACAACAAGUUAGAUCUCGCUCCAUGCUAUCUCGACGACAUAACUUUGCAGUGGUAUCAUUGGCUUUUUCAGAACAAACAGUUGGCGGAUUGGAAAUAUUUUACUGAGAAAGUGUUGAUUCAUUUACAUAAAUGCUACCUCGAAUAGCCAAAAGAAAACUUGUCCAAUCUUUAGGAGUGGAGAAAUAUAAUUGAUUCAUCUGUGCUUCAAAACUAUGAGGAGAAAUCUGAACGCAAAAGAAAAAUGGUUGUGCACAAGGUGUUUGACCGAAAGUUCUCUGGUUACUUUCCCACAUUUUUUGCUGAGACACAAUCAGACACUCCAAUUGAAAUGGAUAGUGAAGCGGUUACAAAUAUUAAAAAGUGUGGCAAAUCUUAUGGGGGAGAAGAACAUGAUGAAGGUAAUUUACUGUUAAACGUUGGUGCGACUACCUUCGUUUUUCAUAUUCAAGGAAUUGCAUCAAAUCUCACUUAUGGGAGAGAAGAACACGAUGAAGGUAAUCUAUUGUUGAACCUUAGUGCGACUACCUUCGUUGUUCAUGUUCAGAAAAUAGCAUUGAAUCUCUAUGUAUGGGAUCCCAGAAUUAGUUCCGAGUUCCAGAUUCUAACAAGUUCUAAUAAGAUUGUAAAGGCACGUGCAUUGUUUGAAGAAAUUUAA